CACACACACACAACAGAAUACCUAAUCUAAUCAUCAAUCAAUUCAGUUUCCCUUAAAAUUCUCUUCUCAACAAAAGAAAUACAAUAUUAUUAUUAUUAUUAUUAUUACUGUUAUGCUACGUUUAUGCGGCCGCUCGCUGGAGCGUUGCUUUGGAUGGCAACGCUGCGACGCUCUUCUGUGGCACUCCGACCUCAAGCCUCACGCCUCCGGCGACUUCUCCAUCGCCGUCGUUCAAGCCAACUCUUCUCUCGAGGAUCAGAGCCAAGUCUUUACUUCCCCUUCCGCCACUUACAUCGGCGUUUACGACGGCCAUGGUGGCCCCGAAGCUUCUAGAUUCGUCAACAAACGUCUCUUCCCUUAUUUGCACAAAUUCGCGAGCGAAGAAGGGGGUGUAUCUGAGGAAGUGAUAAAAAAGGCAUUUAGUGCGACGGAGGAGGAAUUCAUGCAUUUGGUGAAGCGAUCUUUUGCGAUAUUCCCGCAGAUUGCAUCGGUAGGAUCGUGCUGUCUGGUGGGUGCAAUUUGUGACAAUGUAUUGUAUGUUGCGAACCUGGGAGACUCGAGAGCAGUCCUUGGCAAGAAGAGAAAGAGAAUUUCAAUUUCAAUUUCAGAUUCAGAUUCAGAUGCAGAGACUGAGAGUGUGGUGGCAGAGCGCUUGUCAGUGGAUCAUAAUGUGGGUGUUGAGCAGGUCAGGAAAGAGGUUCAGGCUCUUCAUCCUGAUGAUUCACACAUUGUCGUUCAUACCCGUGGUGUCUGGAGGAUUAAGGGCAUUAUACAGGUUUCAAGAUCUAUUGGUGAUGUGUAUCUCAAGAGACCUGAUUUUUACAGAGACCCAAUUUUUCAGCAAUUUGGUAAUCCCAUUCCUUUGAAGCGUCCUGUGAUGACAGCUGAACCAUCAGUCAUUAUUAGGGAGCUUGAGCCACAAGAUUUAUUCCUCAUAUUUGCAUCGGAUGGCCUUUGGGAACAAUUAAGUGAUGAAGCUGCUGUUGAGAUUGUUUACAAAUAUCCCAGAGCUGGAAUUGCCAAAAGAUUAGUACGAGCUGCUCUUGAGGAAGCUGCAAAGAAAAAAGAGAUGAGAUAUGCUGACAUAAAGAAAAUUGACAAGGGAAUAAGACGGCAUUUUCAUGAUGAUAUCACUGUUAUCGUAAUCUAUCUUGAUCACCACAGGGGCUCCUCCAAUGGUAGAUUUAAGCAGAGUGCUGUUGGCUGCACAACUGCCCCUGUUGACAUCUUCUCCCUAAAUGAGGAUGAAGAGGAACAAAGCAUGCUUGGUACCGUUGCAUAAACAUAAAGAGUGAAUUUGGAAUCACAAUAUUUAAUAGGUAUGGUAUAGAUCAAAUAUUGUUAGUCAAAUGAAAGGGUAUUCUUGAAUGUAAAUGAGUAACCGGAAGUUGCUGACAGAUUCUCGCUCAAUGUAUAGUUUUGAACU